GUUGAAAUGGCAUCACCCACUACAGACUCUCCUCAAGUCACCAAGGACCCGUCAGGAAAGUACUUUACUAUUGAUAACUGGGUCAACAAUGGUCAAGGAACAGAGAUAUACACUCGCACUUGGGUUCCAGAACCUCAAGCCUCAGCCUCCAUUGUAGCGGUUGUUCUCUUUGUACAUGGUCUAGGUGAACAUGUUCAGCGAUACAAUAAUAUUUUUCCAGCAUUUGCAAAAGCUGGUAUUAAAGUUGUCGCCUUUGAUCAGCGUGGAUUUGGUCGUACUGGUCGUCGAAGUGGUAAACUUGGCAACAGCGAAGGCUUGGCUGCUGUCUUUCAAGACAUGAAGGAUCUGAUUGCAUCUCAAGGCAUACCAGGCGUUCCCUUAUUUUUAAUGGGCCAUUCCAUGGGAGGAGGCAUUGUUUUAAGUUUCAGUGCCAAGUAUCCAGAGGGGAUCAAGGGUAUAAUUGCCAGUGCACCUUUUAUUGCUCCUGGAACAACUACCAAACCAAAGGGUAUAGAACCGUUUUUGCUCAAGUUUGCUCCAGCUAUAAUCCCAUCAUUUACCAUCAAAAGCUCAGUUGAUCCCAAACUCCUUUGCAGAGAUUCUGCAGAAGUUCAGGCGUACAUUGAAGAUCCAUAUGUUCAUCCUUGGAUGACUCUUGGCACAACUUCAUCCCUAGUUGGUAUGAGUGCAGAUCUUAUCACCGUACAUGCUCCUAAGUGCACAUUGCCAAUUUUUAUCAAUCAUGGAGAUGGCGAUCCCGUUACUUGCCCAAUUGCAUCCAAGAAAUUCUAUGAUGAUGCUCCCAGCAAAGAUAAGACUUACAAGUCUUUAGGCGACCGUUACCAUGAAGUACACAAUGGGUCACCUUCAGAACGAGAUGAGAUUAUCAGUUUGUGGGUUGAUUGGAUUCUUGCUCAUCUUUAAUGGUUUGACAUGAACAUUUGAGAUUGCUUUCUGUCAAUGAAACGUCGUGAAACCAAUACAAAUAAAUAGUCAUUUGUUGAAGC